CAUCCAUCCAUCCAUCCAUCCAUCCAUCCAUCCAUCCAUCCAUCCAUCCCUCCAUCCCUGCAUCCCUCCAUGCAUCCAUCCCCUUGUCUGCCCCUCUAUCCCUUCCAUUCUUUAUCUCUCCAUUUCUUCAAUCCCUCCAUCCCUCUGUCCCUCCGUCCCUCUGUCCUUCAUCAAUUUGUUUUUCUUUCUAGUGAUGGUUCAUUUGCAUACGAGGCUGUUCCUUGGCAACCAAGCACCAAUCAGCCGCCGGGAUCCCUCUCCGUGGUAACCACUGUCUGGGGUGUCAGCAACCCCUCCCAGAGCCAGGUUUUUGGCAGCCCCAUGGGCCCUGGGGGAAGCAGCUCUAGCACCCCACUGCUGCCUGGCAUGGCAGGCAGCAGCUCGGGCAUGAGCUCCCCACCAUUCCUGCCACAGCAGCCCUUUGCUGAGGGGGCACCAGGGAAGGGCUACGUGCAGCCCAGUGUCUAUGGGCGCAACACCUACCCCAGUGGGCCAGGCUUCGCUGCCAGCUAUAAUGGUGGCCCGAGUGGCCCUGGAGGGAUGGGGCUCCCCUCGCACGCCAGCCGGGCCACUGCUGAUUUCACCCAGGCAGCAGCAGCUGCUGCUGUGGCUGCUGCUGCUGCCACAGCCACAGCCACGGCCACGGCGACGGUGGCAGCACUGCAGGAGAAACAGAGCCAGGAGCUGAGCCAGUACAGUGCGAUGGGUGCAGGGCAGUCUUUCAGCAGCCAGUUCCUGCCCCAUGCUGGACCCCGUGGCCCCAACAGCAUGAGCCCAGCUGGCAUGGCAGGUGUUGUGGCCCCUUCUGGUGUCUCCUCUGUGAGCAUGAGCCCAGUGCGGGCGCCCGGGACUGGCCCCCUCUAUGGUGGGCAGCGAGUGCCUCAGCACACCUACCCUGGACCUCCCCAGAGCCAGCAGCUGCCCCGCCAGGGUCUCAAGCGGGCAUACUCCAACGAGGGGUACCCACCGCAGCAGUACCUCCAGGGCGGGCAGUACGCUGCAGCUGGUGCCCAGUAUGCCCCCAGCGCCCCCCAGUCCUCCGCUCCGUCCCCCUCAUACCCUGGUCACAGGCUGCAGCAGAGCAUGGGCCAGUACCUCUCCGCUUCAGGCAGUGCUGGACCCUAUUACAAGCCAGCUGACCAGUUCAAUGGGCAGAGCGCCAGCUUCAGCACCUACAGCCAAGCAGCCAUCAAUGGGCCGGGCCGGUCACUGCCGGGCUACCCCAGCUCGCCGCUGGCGGGGAACCCCACGCCGCCCAUGACACCAGGCAGUGGCAUCCCCACCUAUGCGUCCCCUGGGCAGGAUGUCAAGUCGCCCUUCCUGGCAGACAUGAAGCCCAGCGUUGCCCCCCUGCACCCGUCCCCUUCAGGGCCGGCCCCCGGCGAGGAGUUGCGGUUGACCUUCCCGGUGCGGGACGGCGUGGUGUUGGAGCCCUUCCGCCUGCAGCACAACCUGGCUGUCAGCAACCACGUCUUCCAGCUCCGUGACUCUGUCUACAAGACCCUCAUGAUGAGGCCUGACCUGGAGCUGCAGUUCAAGUGCUACCACCACGAGGACCGGCAGAUGAACACCAACUGGCCGGCCUCCGUGCAGGUGAGCGUCAACGCCACGCCGCUCACCAUCGAGCGUGGUGACAACAAGACCUCCCACAAGCCACUCUACCUGAAGCACGUCUGCCAGCCCGGCAGAAACACUAUCCAGAUCACUGUCACCGCCUGCUGCUGUUCCCACCUGUUCGUCCUGCAGCUGGUGCACCGGCCCUCGGUGCGCUCGGUGCUGCAGGGGCUCAUCAAGAAGCGCCUGCUCCCCGCUGAGCACUGCAUCACCAAAAUCAAGCGCAACUUCAGCAGUGGGACCAUCCCAGGGACACCAGGGCCCAAUGGUGAGGACGGCGUGGAGCAGACGGCCAUCAAGGUGUCCCUCAAGUGCCCUAUCACCUUCCGGAGGAUCCAGCUUCCAGCCAGGGGUCAUGACUGCCGGCACAUACAGUGCUUUGACCUGGAGUCAUACCUGCAGCUCAACUGCGAGAGGGGGACAUGGCGGUGUCCUGUCUGCAAUAAGACGGCCCUGCUGGAGGGGCUGGAGGUUGACCAGUACAUGCUGGGCAUCCUGAUCUACAUCCAGAAUUCAGAGCAUGAGGAGAUCACCAUCGACCCAACCUGCAGCUGGAAACCUGUCCCUAUCAAACCUGACGUCCACAUCAAGGAGGAGCCGGAGGGGCCAGCACUGAAACGGUGCCGGACACUCAGUCCUGCACACAUGGUGCUGCCCAACAUCAUGGAGAUGAUUGCGGCCCUGGGGCCUGGCUCUGUGCCCUUCCCAGCAUUGUCACAACCUCCAGUGGGGGCUGCCACUGACUACGGCACCCCGGGUUCCAGCUUUCUGGGUCCUGGGGGCUUCCCAGAGCCUUUUGCUGCCCCUGGUGUCCCUGGCCCCUCAACGCUGAGUGACUUCACACCAGGCCCCUCCUCCAUCUCCUACCAGCCCAACAUCCCAGGCAGCCUUCUGGGCCCUGAGAAGCCUCCUGUGCCCCCUCUGCCUGCACAGCUUCCCCCAGCGGGACGAAUGGAGCCGUCCCACCCCGCCGUGCAGACAGGGCUGCACAGCGCUCCCUCGGGCAGCCAGCCCAGCUCCACGCUGCACUCCCGGGGCGCAGGGGUACGGCCACCCCUGGGAGCCCCGGCCCACACCGCCGACCUCGUCUUCCCCCCCGCACCCAGCAUGGCCGCGGCAGGCGAUGGCUCCGAGGCUGCCCUCGACCUCCUGCCUGAGCUGACGAAUCCUGACGAGCUGCUCUCCUACCUGGGGCCCCCUGACCUCCCCAGCAGCAGCAACGAUGACCUCCUCUCUCUCUUCGAGAAUAACUGAGCCAUCCUCGCCCCCCUCCCGGGGCUGGGGGACAGCACUGUGUGAGAGCUGGGACCCCCCACAGUGGGGGCUUUCUCAAAGGGCUGCGAUGGAACAGAGGGGCUGAGCCCCCCCAGAAGCACAAGGCUGUACAUAGUGUAGAAACACUACUGCUCCCCCGAGACUCCCCAUAUUUAAAGGCAAGUGCGUCACUGCGGGGCUGCCCGUGCCCCCCUAUCAAUGUGCAAAUGCUGCUGCCCCUUUUACCGCACGGGUCUGGCAUGGGGCGUGGAGUUCAGCUCCCCCUGCCCCGCGCCGAGCUGCCCUGUAUGUCCCCCAUGGCUAUUAAAGGAUCCUUCUGCAGGGUCACGCGUGUCCCCCAUCUUUUGUCAUCCUGCUGUGGGGCUGGCCCCACCACCCCUCUGAGCGCGGAGGAGAAGUCCUCGGGUGGCGGGAGGAUCCAGGCCUCUGUCCGGGCAGAGGGGGGAGGUGUGUCUCGCGUAGCGAGGGAAUCCUGCCCUAUCGCCGAGCAGCGGCGGC